AUGCCUUGCUUUUUGGUGUCUGCACUUGGUGCCUUUCUGAGGUCGGGAGAUGCCGUGUCUCGGAUAAACCUGAUCGACCAGCUCCUCGCAGUGGCUUUUCGAGAGACCCAAAAACACGCUUCGGCGGGGCGGAAAGUCGGAGGCGCCGCCGCCGGCGGCUCGUUCCUUGGUUUUGCUCGCUUGGAAGCGCGCGAGGUGGUGCCCAACGAGGUCUUUCAGAUGGUGCCCAACGAGGCGGCGGAGAGGGCGGCGGCGGAGGAGGAGGACCGGCACGCCAAGGAGCUGCUGGCGGAGGUCGAGGCGGAGAAGCGCGCCAAGGACAAGAAGAAGAAGAAGAAGAAGAAGAAGGGCGGCGGGGCGGGCAUGGCUGGGCCGUCGCAAGAGCACGAGCCGCCGUCGCAGGAGCCCGAGGCGCCAACGGAGGGCACCGAGGCGCCGGCAGCCGCAGCCGAGGCGGCGAAGAAGGCCGAGGAGGCGAGGCUUCUCCAGCUUCUCGCGACGCUCACCGAGGAGAGGAUCCGAUUCGGCAUCACGGCGGAGAGCCAGGCGGCGGCGUCGGCAGAGGUGGCUAAGGCUGUGCGCUUGGACGCUGAGGCGGACGAGGCGGAGGAGGAGGCAGAUGCAGACGAGGAGGAAGAGGCGGCUGCCGAGGCGGCGCUGGCGGAAGUCGAGGUUGCGCGGGCGGAGGCCCGGGCGGCGCGUGCAGAGGCCAAGGCGGCGCUGGACAAGGCGCAGGCGGCGCUGGAGGGGAUUGAGACAGCGCUCGAGGAGGCGGCGGCGGCUGCCGACGCGAGGCGUGCCGCUGCGGCCGCUUCGAGGGCAAGGGCGGCUGCCGCGAGGAGGGCAGCGGAUGCGGCACAGCCGCAUAGAGAUGCAUAG